AUGGAUAAUUUGCCAAUUGAUAUCCACAGCAAUAAACUUUUAGGUUUGAAUUUUUUGUUUUUAAAAUUUAAUUUUUUAUUAGAUUGGUUAAUUUCUCGUCGUCAUUGUUCCAAAAAUUGGCAAUCAAAUUUUGAUGAAAUUAGACAAAAAAUAAGUAAUGCAAUUAAAGAUAUGCCUGAAAAUGAACAAAUAAUUAAAAUAUUAAAUGGAGGACAAUUUAUAAAUUAUUUUCAUUGUAAAGAAAUUUUAAAAAUUCUUUAUGAGACAGAAAAGGAUACAAAAAAUAUUUUUGGAUUUUAUUCUUCACAAAGAAUUAAGGAUUGGAAGGUUUGCUUUGUGAGGUUUUUUUGUUGGGAAUUAAAAUUCUUUUUAAGGAAAUUAUUUCUCUUUAUGAAAAUGUUUAUUUGGGAGAAUCUGCCAAUUUUUUACAGCGUUAUGUUCAAUAUGAGGAAACAGCGAAAACAGAAUGACUAUUCUAAAUUAGCAAUUGAAAGUAAUCGACUUUUUCACCAAGAAUUGGCCAAAUGGGGUUUAAAUAAAAAUAUAAUUAAUCAUCAAAAACAACAAUUCGAAAAUUUACAUUAUAAUUUAAUGUUAAUUGCUGAAUCCCUCCCAAAAGCAGAAAUUUUAAAAAUUGAAGAAAUAAAAAAAGCCUUGGAUUAUUUUUGCUGUUUUUCUCAACAAAUUGGUCAAGAAACAAAUGAUUUAUUCCCUUUACUUCGAAUUUUAACUAAAGAUUUAAAUCGUCCUGUUAGCGAUAUUAGUGUAUAUGAAUGGAAAUAUGGAAGGAAACCUGAUGUUUUAUUACCUCCAGCGCUUGUUGAAAUAUUACAAACUGUUGAAACUAAAGAAGAGAGCGAUGAAAUAGAUUUUGGAGAUGAUGUUGAUAUUGCUGAAAUUGAUUUUUGUACAAAUGGGGAUUCUGAUGAAAGUAUUCAAAUUAUAUCUUCAGAUGGAAUUGAUGUUACAAAUAUAAAUAAUGAUAAUAAUGAUUCAACAAUUGUGACAGCUAAAGGAGAAGAAGCUUUACCAGUAUUAGAACAUCCUCUAACUUGUGGAAUAUUUUUGGAUGAAAUAUCAAUUCUUACAGGAUUUUUACAUUUUCGAAUUAAAGAUGAAUGUGCAAUUGAUGGAAAUGCACAAAUUUAUUUGUCAGGAAUUGCACAAAAAGAAAUUAAUAAAUUAACGGAAUUAAUUAAUUUACCUGAAUUAAAAUGUUGGUUAUUAAAUUUACAGAAUAUAUUUAAUGAAUUGGGGAAUACACAACGAUUACAGUUACUUAGAUUGAGAACUUCGAAAAAUUUUGUAAAUGAAAUUUGUUCAAAAAUUGAACAAAAAAUGCGUCUUGAAUUAAAAUAUCGUCAAUUACAACAAUUAUCAGUCGAAAAACAAAAACAAUAUUUUGAAGAAAGUCAAAAAGUAAAUAUUCUUUUACAAGAAAUUAUUGAAGCAGCAAAGGCUUUACAAGAAAAUUUAGAAGCAGAUAUUUCAAGUAAAUAUAAUGGACGAGAAGUUUAUAUAAUGGGGGAAAUUAAUGCUGUCCUUUAUGGAAAUUAA